AUGAGGAUCCUCCUGAUCAUUGCAAUUCUUCUGUUCCAGAAGUUCACAGUAACCGAACAACUUAAGAGAUGCUGGAAUCAAUAUAUACAUGGAUACUGCAGGAAAAUAUGCAGAAAAACAGAAGUACGUGAAGUACUAUGUGAAAAUGGAAGAUAUUGUUGCCUCAGUAUUGUGGAACUAGAAGAACGUAAAAAAAUUACCAAACCACCUCGUCCAAAGCCAGUGACAGUAGCACUCACUUUGCCUCAAGAUUAUUUCGUUGAACAGAAUUCUACACACGUCCACAGAAAGCCUACAUAA